UAAAAUCGAUUCAUUUUGCAAUGUCACGGGCGAGAGGGGUUAGGGUUUUUUUUUUUUUUUCUCACUUCUAAGAGUGGACUGUGCGCUCUGCCUUUGAAGAAGCUACCCUAGUUACCUUAUCUCCGUCGACAAUGGCUGUUGGGAAGAAUAAGAGAAUAUCGAAGGGAAAGAAAGGAGGGAAGAAGAAGGCGGUUGAUCCCUUCGCUAAGAAGGAUUGGUAUGAUAUCAAGGCUCCUUCCAUCUUCAACAACAGAAAUAUUGGGAAGACCCUUGUUUCAAGAACGCAGGGGACCAAGAUUGCAUCUGAGGGUCUCAAGCACAGAGUAUUUGAGAUUUGCCUUGCAGAUCUUCAGAAUGAUGAGGAUCAGUCUUACAGGAAGAUCCGAUUGAGAGCUGAGGAUGUGCAAGGAAAAAAUGUCCUCACUAACUUCUGGGGGAUGAAUUUUACGACAGACAAGUUAAGGUCUCUGGUGCGUAAGUGGCAGACUUUGAUUGAGGCGCAUGUAGAUGUGAAGACUACAGACAACUACACUUUAAGGUUGUUCUGCAUUGGAUUCACAAAGCGGAGACCAAACCAGGUUAAGCGAACUUGUUAUGCUCAGACAAGCCAGAUCCGCCAGAUUCGCCGUAAGAUGACAGAGAUUAUGGUAAACCAAGCAACCUCAUGUGACUUGAAAGAGUUGGUACAGAAGUUCAUCCCAGAGAUGAUUGGGAAGGAGAUUGAGAAGGCCACCUCCAGCAUUUAUCCUCUACAGAAUGUCUUCAUUCGGAAAGUCAAGAUAUUGAAGGCUCCCAAGUUUGAUCUUGGCAAGUUGAUGGAGGUUCAUGGAGAUUACUCGGAGGAUGUUGGUGUGAAGGUUGACAGGCCGGCAGAGGAACCAACGGCAGAGGAAACUGAGGUAGUUGGAGCUUAAAUGGAGGUUUUUCAUCCUUUUUUUUGUCAUUUAUUUAAUUUUGGAAGUCUCAUGUAUCCGUAGAGUAAUCGAGAAACCUCACCAGACAAGGAUUUUGGCUUUAGAUUGAGACGGUUGAUUGAUUUUCAUUAAAAGGAACAUGGUUUUUGCCUCCCAAUAUAUUAAUCUUGUAGUUUCGGUA